AUGGCCACCUCCCUCACGAGGGCCGCCCUCCGCGUGCCCCGGUCGCGUCUCCUCCUCGCGACCGCCGCCUCCGCCGUCUCUGCCGUCGCCGCCCGCCGGACCCUGUCCACCUCGGCCCGCGCCCUCCUCCCCGCCGGCUUCGGCCCCCCCGUCGUCACCUCGUACUUCUCCAAGCCCCGGCUGCCCGCCAACACCGUCGUGCGCUUCGUCCCCCAGCAGACGGCGUGGAUCGUCGAGCGCAUGGGCAAGUUCAACCGCAUCCUCGAGCCCGGCCUGGCCAUCCUCGUGCCCUUCAUCGACCGCAUCGCCUACGUCAAGAGCCUCAAGGAGUCGGCCAUUGAGAUUCCCAGCCAGAGCGCCAUCACUGCCGACAACGUCACCCUCGAGCUCGACGGUGUUCUCUUUACCCGUGUCUUCGAUGCGUACAAGGCGAGCUACGGUGUUGAAGAUGCCGAGUACGCCAUCUCCCAGCUUGCUCAGACGACCAUGCGAUCCGAGAUCGGCCAACUGACCCUCGACCACGUGCUCAAGGAGCGCGCCGCUCUCAACACCAACAUCACGGCUGCCAUCAACGAUGCUGCCGAGGCCUGGGGCGUCACAUGCCUGCGUUACGAAAUCCGUGAUAUCCACGCACCCGGACCCGUUGUCGAGGCCAUGCACCGCCAGGUCACCGCCGAGCGCUCCAAGCGAGCCGAGAUUCUCGAGUCCGAGGGUCAGCGCCAGAGCGCCAUCAACAUCGCCGAGGGUAAGAAGCAGAGUGUCAUCCUCGCCUCCGAGGCCAUGCGUGCUGAGCGUAUCAACGCGGCCGACGGAGAGGCAGAGGCCAUCCGGCUCAAGGCUGCCGCUACUGCCAAGGGUAUCGACGACGUUUCUCGCAGUAUCCUCAAGGGCGAGGCCAGUGCCCAGGCCGCUAUCAGCCUAAGCGUUGCCGAGAAGUACGUUGAUGCGUUCGGCAAGCUCGCUCGCGAGAGCACCGCUAUUGUUGUUCCUGGAAACGUUGGCGAUAUCAGCGGCAUGAUUGCAACUGGUCUCAGCGUCUAUGGCAAGGUCGGCGAGGCCCAAGCCCGCACAAUGGCCAAGUCUCUUGCUGCCGAGUCCUCCACGAACCAUUCUACUCCCGAGGAGGCCGCCGCAUCGCCGACUGAUGUGAAGGAGACAGUCCUCGAUGUCUUCGACCAGACUGCUGCCAAGAACUAG